GCCACUACAAACUGUUGCAUGCAAACAGCUGCUCCGGGCAAGUCGCGCCGUCUCGCCGCUGCAACGCUGAUGGCGAUGGAGAAUCUGAAACGGUUCCUGGUCGCACUGUGCGCCGCCGCCGCCGCCGGGGUGGCCUCCAUAAUAUUCGUGCUAAUAUGGGUUCUCCUGUAUAAAGAAGGUUUAGCCUGGGAUGGAGGACUGGCCGAGUUCAACUGGCAUCCUGUCUUAAUAGUCAUCGGGUUUAUUUUCUUGCAGGGAAUGGCCAUCAUCGUCUACAGACUCCCCUGGACCUGGCAGUGCAGCAAACUAAUAAUGAAGUUCAUCCAUGCAGGCUUGAACUUACUCGCCUUCAUUCUUGCCGUUAUAGCUAUGGUGGCAGUUUUUGACUUCCACAAUAAUGCCAAAAUCCCCAACAUGUACAGUCUGCACAGCUGGCUGGGCCUGAUAGCAGUUAUACUGUACUGUCUACAGCUUGUCCUCGGGGUUGGCAUGUAUUUGAUACCAAUUACACCAGUAUCCUGGAGAGCAGCGUUUAUGCCCCUCCAUGUCUACGGCGGUCUUUUACUCUUUACCAGUGUCAUAGCUGUGGCACUCAUGGGCAUCACAGAGAAACUCAUUUUUGGCCUGAGCAACCCGAAGUACAAGGACUCUCCCCCAGAGGCAGUUUUUGUCAACAUUCUGGGAGUCCUCCUAGUGGUUUUUGGAGCUCUUAUCCUCUGGAUUGCCACUCGAACGUCUUGGAAACGCCCCAGUGACCAGAUCUUGCAUACCCGGCAUACCAAUGGGGGAGGUGAGGACAACACCAAAGUCGGUCCGGUCCUGUGUCAGCUAUCUGAUGGAACUGAUGCUGAGGCCUGUGGGGAUGUCAGGAGGAGGAGUGCCAAACUCGAUGAUCAGGCUAACUGAUUACAAUAUAAGUGAAUUGGAGCUGAAACUGUCUGUAGUGCUGAAUGUAUGUACACACAGUCUACACUGGUCAGAGAAAGUCAAAAUGAAGAAAUCUAGUUUGCUGAUCUUUCCAUAUGUAGCUUUCUCUCAUGCACCUUAAGGUAUUUAUACUGGUUACAUUUAGAGCAUGUUUUUACUCAUCAUUUAUUGUUGUAAGUGCUUGUAAAUAAUGGUGAACUACUUUAUACAACUUUUUAACAAGAUUCAGUUGAUGCAGGAAUACACUUUAUCGUAUUCUUAAAUUUGAGUAUUUGAAAUAUGUCCAGCAUGUACCUAUAUUUUACAAUAAAUAUCUGCAA